UUGAAAAUCUGUAACGUUCACCGCGGCCAUCGCAUUCGUUCGUGUGCUUACACAGAGUUUGGUGAAUAUCGUUGAGAGCUAGCAAGCUUCGUGGCUAUUAAUUAUUUAAUACAAGAGAUUUUAUAAAAAUCAUCCAAAAUGAGGGAAAUCGUGCACAUUCAAGCUGGUCAAUGUGGUAACCAAAUUGGAGCCAAGUUUUGGGAAAUCAUCAGCGACGAGCACGGAAUCGACCCAACUGGAGCCUACCACGGAGACUCAGACUUGCAAUUGGAGCGCAUCAACGUUUACUACAAUGAAGCCUCUGGCGGCAAAUACGUUCCCCGCGCGAUCCUGGUCGACUUGGAGCCAGGAACCAUGGACUCAGUCCGCUCGGGCCCAUUCGGUCAGAUCUUCAGACCGGACAACUUCGUCUUCGGUCAAUCCGGAGCGGGUAACAACUGGGCCAAGGGUCAUUACACCGAGGGCGCUGAGCUGGUAGACUCAGUCCUUGACGUAGUCCGCAAAGAAGCCGAGAGCUGCGACUGUCUUCAAGGCUUCCAGCUGACCCACUCUCUGGGAGGUGGAACUGGCUCAGGAAUGGGAACCCUGCUGAUCUCUAAGAUCCGCGAGGAGUACCCGGACAGAAUCAUGAACACCUACUCAGUGGUGCCUUCCCCGAAGGUGUCCGACACCGUUGUCGAGCCCUACAACGCGACCUUGUCAGUCCACCAGCUGGUGGAGAACACCGACGAGACUUACUGUAUCGACAACGAGGCUCUCUACGACAUCUGCUUCCGCACAUUGAAGCUCUCCACUCCGACCUACGGAGACCUGAACCACCUGGUCUCUCUGACGAUGUCGGGAGUGACCACUUGCCUGAGGUUCCCCGGACAAUUGAACGCGGACCUUCGGAAGCUGGCCGUCAACAUGGUUCCAUUCCCGCGGCUCCACUUCUUCAUGCCCGGCUUCGCGCCUCUUACAUCUCGCGGAAGCCAGCAGUACAGAGCUCUCUCCGUUCCGGAGCUGACCCAGCAAAUGUUCGACGCCAAGAACAUGAUGGCCGCUUGCGACCCAAGACACGGAAGAUACCUCACCGUCGCUGCUAUCUUCCGAGGCAGAAUGUCCAUGAAGGAAGUCGACGAGCAGAUGCUCAACAUCCAGAACAAAAACAGCUCGUACUUUGUCGAGUGGAUUCCAAACAACGUCAAGACUGCAGUCUGUGACAUUCCUCCACGUGGACUCAAGAUGUCCGCGACAUUCAUUGGUAACUCCACCGCCAUCCAGGAACUCUUCAAGCGCAUCAGCGAACAGUUCACCGCUAUGUUCAGAAGAAAGGCUUUCCUCCAUUGGUACACCGGCGAGGGCAUGGACGAGAUGGAAUUCACCGAAGCUGAGUCCAACAUGAACGACUUGGUGUCUGAGUACCAACAGUACCAGGAGGCUACCGCUGACGAAGACGCUGAAUUCGACGAGGAGCAGGAGGGCGAAGUUGACGAGAACUAAUUUCCUCACGUUUUACCUAUCUAAAUUCAACGCACGUGUUCUAUCACGUACACGCUUCUUUAUUAUUAUUAUUAUUACUAUUAUUAUAUAGUUAUUUUUCCUCCAAUUUACUCUAUUUUUCUUCUUUUUUGUACGGACAAUGAUUAAUUUUUUUUUUUUUUUUCGACCAAGUUAACUUUAUUUAAACAAUAUGACGCAUUUAUGUUUAUAAUUCCGUCUUUGUUGCUUACUUUAUAUAUAUGUAAUGAAUAAUAAAUGAAAAAGAAAAAAUUAAUUUUCACAAGCUUGAUGUAAAAGAAGUCGUGACUACGCAGUGUAUUAUGAGGUAGCGAAAGUUACCUGCGUCAUCUUUUAUUAAAUUAUUAUCAAAUAAAAAACAAAUCUUUAUUAAUA